ACUAACCUUUCUUGUACAACAAUGAAGAAGCCAGACAGUGCUGAUAACCCAUCAGCAAAGAAAAUGGACCCUGGAAGAACUUAACCUUCAUGUAAACAUUCCAGACAGCCUGUAAGUAAUGGCUGCUAUGAUUCAUCAAGGUAUGCAAGGGAAUGUGACCAAGCCACAUGAAUGUGGACUCCAUCUUGAGAUGUCAGUAUUUUUCCACAAAGUGGUCUGGGAACCAAGUUUUUGAAACAAAGGUUUCCCGCCCAAUGCUAAAGCUAUAUAAGGCAGGGAGUGACACCAUCUGUUGUUUUUUCACUCCCCACACAAGAGGACUCCUGGAAACACCUGAGGAACAAAGACUGAACCGAGGGAAGUGCUGGACCCAGGCUAAAGAGAUUUCUAGCCUGUGUAUGAAAACCUAGGAAACCCAAGCUGCAAAGCAAAUGCAGCUUGUGCCUUAAGAAUCUGCAAGUCUGCUUACAUCAUCACUCAGGAAUAAGCAAGGCUUACUAUACACUCAGCAUCUGAGGAGGAGAUCUAAAUUCGGCAAGAACAAACACGCUUUGGAAUUUUAUUUCUGAAUUUCUAAGCAGCCUGCUUUCCGCCCUGUGGGGUUAGCGUGCAGGCAAGUUGAAAAGCUUGUUUUACGGGAAGGCGGCAGUGAAAGAGGUGGAAACUCCUACGUCUUACAGAGACCAGGAAAUCUUUUCCUAAGUAACCUCAGUUACACACUCUCAGUUAAACAACUUUGGAAAAUCUGCAUUUAAAGUACUUCUCUACUUUUUGACUUGCAGUUGAACAUAAAGUAGCAAGUUCUGUAUCAACUUCAUUAACACCUGGGAAAACAAGAGCGUGGAAUUAAAUGUAAGGAUGACCUCAUCUGUUGCUUGUAAGACUAUGCUUAUUAUCGCCCAGGACUGGAUGUGUGACUAUUGUGGCAUUUGGAAGAAAAGAAUAAUCUCCUGGUGAUUCCCAAGGUAGUAUCUUCCUACUGCAACGUUCAUGUUUCACCUUGGAAGUUUUAAAGUAAAAUGGAAAACUUAUGAAAUCACUCACAGACCAAAUUCAUCUGCAAGCUACCCAGAGAUUUUAAAGGAGUUACAGCAGAAGGGCUGCUAACGAAAGGAAUUCAGCAUUGUAAAUUUAAAUUGCCCUUAUAAUGGUAAGCUCUAAUUGUUCCACUGAGGACUCCUUUAAGUAUAUUUUAUAUGGAUGUACGUUUAGCAUGGUGUUUGUCCUUGGUCUAAUAUCAAAUUGCGUUGCUAUAUACAUUUUUACAUUCACAUUAAAAAUGCGAAAUGAAACAACUACUUACAUGCUUAAUUUAGCAAUAUCUGAUCUACUUUUUGUAUUUACAUUACCCUUCAGGAUUUAUUACUUUGCAAUAAGAAACUGGCCAUUUGGAGAUAUACUUUGCAAGAUUUCUGUCACAAUGUUUUAUACAAACAUGUAUGGAAGCAUUUUCUUCUUGACUUGUAUAAGCGUCGAUCGCUUUUUAGCCAUAGUGCACCCAUUUUGGUCUAAGACUCUUAGAACCAAAAGAAAUGCAAAAAUUGUCUGUGUUGCAGUAUGGAUAACUGUACUAGCAGGAAGCAUGCCAGCAAGCUUUUUUCAGUCUACCACCACCCGAAAUAACACUGAAUAUGAACAAAACACAUGUUUUGAAAACUUUCCGGAUACCACCUGGAAAACUUAUAUAUCAAGGAUUGUUAUCUUCAUUGAAAUUGUGGGAUUUUUUAUUCCACUGUUCUUAAAUGUGACCUGUUCUACGAUGGUUUUAAGGACUUUGAAUAAACCAGUUACAUUAAGUCGGAACAAGCUAAGCAAAAAAAAGGUACUCAAAAUGAUUUUUGUCCAUUUGGUGAUAUUCUGUUUCUGUUUUGUGCCAUAUAAUGUUACCCUAAUACUUUAUUCUCUAAUGAGAACACAAAUAUGGAUUAAUUGUUCAUUAGUAACUGCUGUAAGGACUAUGUAUCCUAUCACUCUAUGCAUUGCAGUUUCAAAUUGUUGUUUUGACCCUAUAAUAUACUAUUUUACAUCAGACACUAUUAAAAACUCAAUAAAAAAGAACAGAUCAGCUAGAACACGCGAUUCCAGAUCCACUGAAACUCAGGUUGCUGAAAAUUUUAUUCAACACAGCCUCCAGACUUUAAAAGCUAAAAUAUUUGACAAUGAAUCUACAAUAUAAACUGAAAGAAAAUACUGGGACUGAAAUGCACCUUUCUUCAGCUUUUAAAAUGUUUUCUUGUACACUGAAUAAACUUUCUUCACCUUAGAAAACUGUUUAUAUCAUGAUUAAAAAUAGGAAAAAGUUAAAUGUCAAUUGUAAACAUAGUUUAUAGAAAAAUGUAAUUACUGCAAGAAUUACAAAUAUUUUAAUAGUUGUCAAAGUUUUAUCUCUUCUGCCUUUAUGUCACAGAUUCCAUGACCUGUUAUAUAGACCCUGCUGUGUCUCCUUACAAUUUUGAACCACACAAAAAUAAACUGAUGUUUGGAAACCUAAGCUGAUACUAACAAGGUCCAAAAGUGUUUUACAAUUCAACAUAUUAUGAAGUUGGAAGACUAGGUCUUCUCAUUGUUUGUGUUAACAGGUUAAAACAAUUUAAAUUAAAAAAUUAAAUUGUGAACACAUUUUAGGCUGCAACUAUUUUGUUUAGGUGUUAAUUUCUUAAUGUCUGGAUUCUUCAAAGCAUUGAUCAAGUUAUUGCAACUCUGGUGUCAGUUCCACACCCACCAUCUUUCGUAGGAUUUGUUUGCAAAAGUUAAGCUACUCCUUUGUAAAAAUAAAUUUACAGAUGGAUUAAAAAGUAUGUAAAGUUACUGAAACAAGAUGUCAGUUAUUUAAAUAUUGCUGACAAAACAAACUCAAAGCUGUUUCUAAGAAAGUAUAGCAAAUAAGACUAAAAGACUAAAUUCUUUAAAUAAGUGUUCUGUUUGGGUUGUAAAAAGAAAAGGAGUACUUGUGACACCUUAGAGACUAACCAAUUUAUUUGAGCAUAAGGUUUCGUGAGCUACAGCUCACUUCAUCGGAUGCAUACUGUGGAAAGUAUGAGCUGUAGCUCACAAAAGCUUAUGCUCAAAUAAAUUGGUUAGUCUCUAAGGUGCCACACGUACUCCUUUUCUAUUUACGAAUACAGACUAACACAGCUGUUACUCUGAAACCUGUUUGGGUUGUGUACUUUAACUUCAAAAGUGCUUCUUUGCUAUUGAAAAAACAUUGAGUAUUCCUCACAUGAACAAAGAUAUCCUGGGUGACACAUUAAAUAUUCUUUUCCAAGAAGACAAGAAAUGGCAGUUAGCUGUUUAUUGUAAAGUACCCUCUCCUAGAUGUUCUGUACGUCACACAAGCACCAUAAUUUUGAUGUCUACAUGUUUUAAUGUGAGCUUCUUAUGUGAGAUAAUAAAAAUAUUUAUUUAUUUGAGGUGCCUGAAAGCUGCUGCAAUAAAUCCAGGAAUUUUUAAGAAUUAAGAGCUUAUAUGAAGCAAGAUGCAACUUUGAUUCAUCUUUACAAGUAAGCAAGCAAUACCCAAUAGAAGCAUGUUUAAAAGUGGCAUGUGUUUCAUACAUUCUUCAGCAGCCGGAGUACUGCGCUUACCAUGCUCAGAAUUUGUUUACCUUUACUGUAAAAUAAUACAUAUUUAAAAAGUUAAAGAAGUGUCAAGUGGUAGUUUCUUCCAAAGAUGAUUAAG